AUGCAAAUUUUCGUCAAAACUUUAACAGGUAAAACCAUUACCUUAGAAGUCGAAUCAUCCGACACUAUUGAUAAUGUUAAAUCAAAAAUCCAAGAUAAAGAAGGUAUUCCACCAGAUCAACAAAGAUUAAUCUUUGCUGGUAAACAAUUAGAAGAUGGUAGAACUUUAGCUGAUUACAACAUUCAAAAAGAAUCCACCUUACAUUUAGUCUUAAGAUUAAGAGGUGGUGGUAAAAAGAAAAAAAAGAAGGUCUAUACCACUCCUAAAAAAAUCAAACAUAAACACAGAAAACACAAAUUAGCUGUCUUAACUUACUACAAAGUCGAUAACGAUGGUAAAGUUGAAAGAUUAAGAAGAGAAUGUCCAUCAUCAACCUGUGGUGCUGGUAUUUUCAUGGCUAAAAUGGGUGACAGACAAUACUGUGGUAAAUGUCACACUACCUUCAAAUCUAACUAA